AUGGCUCGAUCAAAGGAAAUCGCUCCCAACGUUGGCCGUCUCUCCAGGUCACAGGUCGCUGGCAAGCGAGGUCUCUUCAAGGGAAAGAAGACUUCGACCGCCCCCGCUAAGACCGAAACUCCCGCUCACACCGAGAAGACUGUUGGCGGCAAAGCCAACGGAGAGAAGCGAUUGGUACCCACCAUCAAAGCCUCCAAAUACUACCCCGCUGAGGAUGUUCGAAAACCCAAAGUCUCUCGAAAGACUGCCGGCAAAACCGCUCUCCGAUCCAGCAUCACCCCCGGUACCGUCCUCAUCCUCCUCGCUGGUAGAUUCUCUGGCAAGCGAGUUGUUUUCCUUAAGCAACUCGACAGUGGUCUCCUCUUGGUUUCCGGUCCUUUCAAAAUCAACGGUGUACCUCUUCGACGAGUAAGCCAAGCCUACGUUAUCGCCACCUCCACCAAGGUCGACAUCGCCGGUGUUUCCAUUCCUGAAUCCGUUAACGAUGCCUACUUUACCAAAUCCAAGGCCGCCAAGGGAUCAAAGGAGGGAGAAUUCUUCGGUGAAGGCAAAGAGAAGAAGGCAUUCCCUGAGGAGAAGAAAUCUGAGCAAAAGUCUGUUGACGCCGCUCUCCUCGCCUCAAUCAAAAAGGUCGACAACCUCGCCAAAUAUUUGAAGGCAUCUUGGGGACUCUCCAAGGGUGAUCGAUUCCACGAACUUAAAUUCUAG